GGCACAGCUUAGCCGUCUGUAGCUUAUAUGAGAGCUGUAGUCCAUUUUCCUUCGUCUCGCUUUUUCUUUCCGUAUAAUCCAAAUUGGCAAACCAAAAAAACACAUUCAGACAUUCGCUCUACAUCAAAAAGCUACGCUUCCAAAACUAGAAUACAAUGCAUUUCACUACUUCCACCGUCGUUGCUGCCCUCGCCACUGGCGCUCUCGGCAAGGUCGUCACCGUCAAUGUCGCCCAGAGCGGAUUGACAUUCUCCCCCAACAACAUCAAGGCCGACAAGGGCGAUACUCUCGAGUUUCACUUCUACCCCAACUCCCACAGCGUUGUUCAGGGCGAUGGCUCCAAAGCGUGCCAGCCUAUCGCAGGCGGCUUCUACUCUGGUGUUGUCAAGUCCUCUGGCGGCAUGAACGCAAGUCUUUUCCUCGGUUCGUUGAUUCCCAGUCAUGAACAGGACACUAAUUGGUAUUUGACUGUCUAG